CAACGUUACAGUAUGCUGCCUGCUGUGGUGAAGCUCUGCUGUGGAAUCUCCUACCCUCACCUCAGGACCAUGGCAGGACUGCAACGGCUAGCUAUCGCAGCGAUUGGCCAGGAGCUAGCUCACAUGCAGAGGAAUGGGCAGAGCCAACUACCAGCAUGGACCAGCCAUAUGGGUUGGCAGACUGGCACCGUUCAGCAUCAACACAGUGAGAGCUCCAGAAGAGAGGUAGUCAAUCCAGUCCCGUUGAAAGAGGAGGAGCUGCUGUACAUAAGGAGUGGGCACGAGGCGCUGACCAAGGCUCUGGACAUUGUUGACGAUAAGAAUGGAUGGAAAACAGAACUCACGGAGGAGAACGGGGAUGUGAUCUACAGUAAAGUGCUGUCUGGGGACAGGAAGGUCUUCAGACUGGAGACUGUGUUAGACGCCACCCCAGAAGAGAUACAUCACAUCCUGUGGAAGGUGGAAGAGAUGCACCAGUGGAACCCAAGCAUCAAAAACAUCAAGGUUCUGAAGCAAGCUGGCCCGGAAACCAUGGUUACGCACGAGGUGUCAGCAGCGACAGCCGGCAACCUGAUAGGCCAGAGAGACUUCCUGAGUGUGAGACACUUCUCCAGGCAGGAGUCAUGUAUCUAUCUGGGGGGAGCAGCCACGCACCUGGAGACCUUCCCUCCUCAGAAAGGCUUCGUCAGAGCGGAGGACGGACCAACGUGUAUUAUCAUCGAGCCCCUGGCAGACGACACAGGCAGGAGCCACUUUACGUGGCUCCUCAACAUGGAUGUCAAGGGCUGGCUGCCAAAGUCAAUCGUCAAUCAAGCUUUGCCGCGAGCGCAGGUGGAUUUCACCCGGUGUCUGCGCAGACGGCUGGCCGAGGGACUACUCCCUACUCAGCGACACACAAACCACCAUGCUCCCACAGUGUCUAGAGCCGGACAACCACCGCACACACUCUCUGACACACACUCACUGGAGUUGAGUGCUUGGGAGUAGAGACAGAGACAGAGAGAGAGAGACUUAGAGAGAGACUGAAGGACCUGGCUGCCAUUCACUCACACACACACACACACACACACACACACACACACACACACACACAUGCACACACAUACACACACACACACAGAGCUGUCUGCAGGCUGGCUCUGGCCUUUCACUAGGAGCACCCAGACACCCAGAGGAGAGCCACCCACCGUUGUGAAGACAUGCCAGGGUGCCCUCUCUUUCAGGGUGUGUGACAGACACACACACAUCUACACACACACACACGCACAUGCACACACGCAUACACACACACACACACACACACGCACACACA